UAGAGACACUACAUUGAUCACCUAUUAUACAAUGUAUCUACUAAAUUUAUAUAUUACCAUUAAUUUGCUUUAUUAUAUUAUUAAGACUAAUAAUUGAAUCUGCAAAGCAAUGGGGCCUAUGAUCCGCCCUUUGAGCUGUAUUCAACUCACAUUUUAUCAAUAUUUGUGUUCAUCAAUAUUUCCAGUAAUCCUUAAUCAUGGUUGCUGAAUUGAUUGGAGGAGCGCUUCUCUCUGCUUUUCUGGAUCCAUUGGUGGAAAAGUUGGCUUCUGAGGUGAAGGACUUCUUCAAAGGAAAAGAGACCAUUCUUAAGCUGGUGAAGGAGUUGAAUACCACCUUGUCCUCGGCUGGUCUACUGCUCAUUGAUGCUGAGGAGAAGCUGAUCAAAGACCAAAGAGUCAAGAAGUGGCUUGAUGAUCUCAAGGACACCAUUUAUGCUGCAAAUGACUUGGUUUAUAAGAUCGACACCGAAGCAUUGCGAGACAAACUUGAAAGUGAAUCUCAAAGCGGCUACACUUGUUGUAAUAAGGUACUCAUGAAACUCAUCCCAACUCCUCUUACUCCUUUUGAUAAGACAAUAAAAUCUGAGAUAGGAGAGAUCCUUCGAAAAUUGAAACUUCUUUUAGAGAAUAAAGAUCUUGGUUUGAAACGUAUAGAAAAAGAAAAACAUCCAGAGAGAUUAUGUGCUCCUUUGGUAGAAGAAUCAGAUGUUUAUGGAAGAGAUGAUGAUAGAAAAACUAUACUUAAUUUGCUACUAUCCGAUGACAUGAGUGGUGACAAAUUUUCUGUGAUUCCUAUAGUGGGAAUGGGUGGUAUGGGGAAGACAACUCUUGCUCAACUCGUGUACAAUGAUGAAGGAGUCAACCAAAAGUUUGAAACCAAAGUGUGGGUUACUGUGGGAGAUGAGAGUAAACUAGAUAAAGUAAUGAAGAAAAUUAUCCAAAAGGUGGACCAUUAUGAAAAAUGUGAAAUCGAAGAGCAGUUUGAGCAUUUAGAUAAAGUAAAGAAGGUUUUGGCUGGGAAGAAGUUUCUUGUGGUUCUUGAUGAUGUUUGGGAUGAGGAUCGUAAUUGUUGGGAGGUCUUGAAAAGUUGUUUUACAACUCGUAGUCAUAUUGUUGCAUCGAUUAUGGAAACUGAGUCAACUCAUUACCUACAAAGAAUAUCGUUUGACAAAAGUUGGGAGUUAUUUGCCAAAUUUGCCUCAAUUGAUGAUCUCAACUCGUACGAGCAGUUAGAUAAUCUCGAAGAAAUUGGUAGAAAAAUUGUUGAUAAAUGUAAGGGUCUUCCUUUAGCAAUAAAGGUACUUGGUGGUCUUUUACGUGGUAAAAAAAAAAGGGAGGAUUGGAAUGAUGUGUUAAACAAUGAUAUAUGGGAGCUGUACGAGAGAAGUAGUAUUGGAAUUCUUCCAACUUUGUGGUUGAGUUAUUUUUAUUUACCUUCACAUUUGAAACCAUGUUUCGCUUAUUGUGCCAUAUUCCCAAAAGAUUAUGAGUACAAAAAAGAAGACAUGAUGCUAUUAUGGAUGGCUGAAGGUUUUCUACAUCCUAAGCAAGAGAAGCCAAUUGAAAAGGUUGGAGAAGAGUACUUCCAAGAUCUAAUCUCGAGGUAAUUUUUUCAACCAUCAUCAAGUGAGGAUGCCUCAACAUUUCUCAUGCAUGACCUUGUUCAUGAUUUAGCUAUGUUUGUCUCUGGUGAAUUUUGUUUGGCAGUGAAUGAUACCAAAAUUUCCAAGUGUACAAGCAAGGUUCGUCAUUUGUCAUUUAGGCAGGAGGGUCAAGUUGCUGGCCCUAUGAAAUUUGAAGAUUUGUCUAUAACUAAUAAGGGUUUGUGCACCUUCUUAUUGCUGUGGAAAAGAGGGCAUUGUCCCUAUUCUAUGGAGCACUUGCUUGAAUUACUACUAAGCACAAGGGGUUGCUUAAGAGUGUUAUCUAUAGCAGAUGGUUAUAUGACCAAGUUACCUGAUUCAAUAGGAAAAUUGAAGUACUUAAAGUUCUUGGAGUUAGAUUUUUGUAUGAUUAAAGAAAUACCCAGUACAAUUUGUGAUUUGUAUAAUUUGGAGACAUUAUUGUUGGAGAGAUGUUAUAGUGUUACUAGACUACCAAAUAACAUAGGAAAUUUAAUGAAGUUGAGACAUUUUUGUAUUCCCUUUGUAUUAGUAGAGAUGCCAUUACAGUUUGGUUUGAUGAAAAAUCUUCAAACGCUGAAUAAGUUUGUUGUGGGAAAAAAUAAAAAUUCUGGGAUCAAGCUAUUAAAAGAGUUUCAAGAUCUGCAUGGGACUCUUACUAUCUGGGGACUUGAAAAUAUUUGUAGUGUUGAGGAUGUUUUGGAGGCAAACUUGAAGAACAAGAAGUUUCUAAAGCUACAUUUCAAGUGGGACGAUAGACAUGAACAUGAUGACUUGGAAAGAGAGAAAGAGAUACUUGGUGCACUCGAAGCUCAUGAAAAUUUGAAGGAAUUCAAUGUACAUGGCUACAAAGGUAGCAGUUUUCCAAGUUGGAUUGGAGAUCAUUUAUUUUCUAAUCUGACAAUGGUGAAGCUAGAAGAUUGUAAAAAUUGUAUCUUCUUGCCCUCACUGGGGCAGCUACCUGCUCUCAAAGACCUUUCCAUUCAACAUUUUUAUAGUGUGGUGAGAAUAGAUUCAGAGUUUUAUCAUUCUGCCACUAGUGUUGGUUCUUCUGCUGCAAACACAAAGCCAUUCAGAUCUUUGGAGAGAUUGAGUUUCGAAAACAUGACUGAGCUCCAAGAGUGGUCGUUUAUCGAAGGUGGGGUUUUUCCUCGUCUCAAGUUUCUUGACUUUUUCAACUGUAAGAGACUCAAAGUGUCGUUGUUGCCUCAUUAUUUCCCCUCCUUGAGAGAGCUCGUAAUAGAUACAUGUGAGAAACUAAUGCCUUUACUCAAAACAAGGGCUGAUCCAUUAAUGGACUCCUCAUUUCCAUCUCUUGAGAUUUUGCAAAUAGCUAGAUGUGAUGGACAGGAACUACUUCUAGAAGGGGGACUGCCUACGAGUUUAAAGGACUUUGUAAUUCAGAGUUGCAAAAACCUUGUGGCCAUAGACAAUGAGUGCUUUCAACAUCUCAACUCCCUUGAGAAUUUGCAAAUUGGCGAAUGUAGUCAACUUCGACGUUGGCCAAAUGAACUCCCUACUUCUCUUUCUGAUCUGGUCAUCUUCGGCUGUAAAUUGCUGAAACCACGACUCCAGAGGGACAUAAGUAAUAAUAUCAAUGUCACUAUUCUAGAAUAUGAACAUGAUACUACUAAAGAUGACCUCUACACCAGCUCCAGAUGCAUCCGACUUGGUAUACCUCGCAUAAAGAAGAAUAAUCCUUAUUAAAUUCAAAUAACUGGGACCUAAUAUUGGAUUGCACCAAUAGCGGAAUGCUACCUACUACUUGUAGUGUUGGGCACCAGUAAUGAUCUUUAGCCAUUCUCUUAAUUAAUGAAUGCAUUGAAUAUGAUGAGGCACUACAAAUCUAUGUAUAGCAACAUACAAAACCAACCAUUCGUUUACCAAUCUCUGUAAGUUGCUCGCAUUUUUCUCUUGAUAUUAUUUACUAAAUUUUGAAAGUUUGUGUACUAGUAAAUAAGCUUUGAAUACACUUUUCUUUUAUGUAUAAGUAUUGAAACUCUUUUCUGUUUCCAACUUUAGUUGCUGAUAUAUUGAAGAAUUUGUACAAAGAUACUUAUUGGUGUUUUUUUCUUCUCAUUACUAAAUUGACAGGUUCCGGUUCACAAUUCACAGUUGGUCUGAAGUGGAACUAUAAGUCAUGUCCCUGCUGUGAUUCUUAAUCGAUGCUUUGAUUUCUUCUUUUAAUCAUAUUCAUAAUUCAUAAUCAUAAUCAAUUCAUUUGUGAGAAAUUAAAGUCUGAAAUAUUAUAUGUUACAAGUGCUCUGCUUAUAGUUUAUGUUUUGAAUUCAUUGGUUGGAAGAGGGCUCUGCUUAUAGUUCAUGUUUCGAAUUCAUUGUAAAUUUUCAGUUGUGAUAAAGUCAAAGGUGACCUUCAAACUUGAUAGAAUUUUCAAUAUUCUCUUAAAAGAAAUCAAAAUGUUAUUCAUGCAG